AGCAAUAGAGACAAGUGACUGAGUAGAUAGAGUAUUUUCACAACUUACUAAGCUCUUCAUAUCUUGUCACACCGGCACCGUUUUUUUUACCAUAUUCUGAAAUCAUGCACUAUAAAUACCCCAAUCUUUAAUUUAACUCUUGGAUAUCCUGUGCGUCUCUGUAGCCAUGGCAUUGAGAUCUUCAGGUCGAAAACUAUCCUUCGAGAUUUUAAGCGAAGGCAGGUCCACUGAAGAAGGCCGACCCCUGCUUUACCGGUCGAAUACGGAUCCGAUCGAGAAAGUUUCCAUUUCUCCGGAGAAGCCAAAUCGGAAGAAGAAGAAACACAGAAAAAAGAAACCUCCCGAAUCUUACUCAACGGUCCCCGAAGAUCCGAUUUCCGAGUCACGCUUCACCGAUUCCAAUUCCGUUAUCCAGAACGGAAACGUGUUUAUGGAAAACAGAAGCAGCAGUUUUGCUGGAGGUGUAAGCGUGGAGUGUACAGUGAGUGAUGCGACGGAGGUUGCGGAGUGUCAGAGUGUGCUUAAUAACAGUGGUAGUGAGUUGAGACAGAGAAAUGUGAGUAAUGGUGGAGGUGGAGGAGGAAGAGAUGAGAUGUUGUCUUCUUCGCCGAUGGGGGAGAAUGGGAUGCUGGAUAGCGGAGUGGAGGUAAGUUCAGCAGAGAAGCUGUGUAGGGAUGAGCCCAAUGGGAGUGUUGUUCCAAUUGCGACGUUGGAGCCGGCGGUGUCAUUGGAUUGGAUGCAGCUCAUGGCCGAGGAUCCUAAUUUUAUCUUUUCAGUUGAGGCCUCACCUGUGAAGUACUUUAUGGAUGAAAUGUACAAAGGAAAUUCAUUGAGGAGCACAACAACUAUUGGCAGUGAGAAGGAAAGGGAGAGGGUAUAUGAUACUAUCUUUCGCUUGCCAUGGAGAUGUGAACUGCUGAUAGAUGUUGGCUUCUUUGUAUGCUUGGAUUCAUUUCUAUCUCUGUUAACUAUCAUGCCAAUGAGGAUGCUGAUGACCCUUUGGAGGCUUCUAAAUACAAGGCAGUUCAAGAAGCCUUCUGCGGCAGAGCUCUCUGAUAUUGGCUGCUUUCUUGUGUUAGCUUCAGGUGUUGCACUUUUGGAGUGCACAGAUAUCAGCUUAAUAUAUCAUAUGAUUCGUGGUCAAGGAACAAUCAAACUCUAUGUGGUUUACAAUGUUUUGGAGAUAUUUGAUAAACUAUGUCAAAGUUUUGGUGGAGAUGUGUUGCAGACUCUAUUUAACUCUGCGGAAGGGCUUGCUAGUUGUUCAGAAGAAAACAACAGAUUCUGGAUUUGGAGAUUUAUAACUGAUCAGGCUUUAGCUAUGGCCUUUUCAAUUUUUCAUUCUUUCAUUUUAUUAGUUCAGGCAAUCACUUUGUCAACUUGUAUUGUUGCUCAUAACAAUGCCUUGCUGGCUUUGCUGGUAUCCAAUAACUUCGCAGAGAUAAAAAGCAAUGUCUUUAAACGUUUUAGUAAGGAUAAUAUUCACAGUCUGGUGUAUUCUGAUUCAGUAGAGAGAUUCCACAUUUCAGCCUUUCUUGUAUUUGUCUUGGCUCAAAAUAUCCUGGAGGCUGAGGGUCCUUGGUUUGAGAGUUUUCUUUUUAAUGCUUUAAUGGUUUUCAUCUGUGAGAUGUUAAUUGACAUCAUCAAGCAUUCAUUCCUUGCCAAAUUCAAUGACAUAAAGCCCAUUGCAUACUCUGAAUUUCUUGAAGAGCUUUGCAACCAGACUUUGAAUACUCAAACUGAGGACAAGAAAAAAAAUCUCACUUUUGUUCCUCUGGCGCCAGCAUGUGUGGUUAUACGAGUGCUGACUCCUGUAUAUUCUGCUCACCUUCCCUACAGUCCUUUCCUGUGGAGGUUCUUUUGGAUUCUCCUUUUGUCUGCCAUGACCUCUGUCAUGCUUACAAGUCUGAAGGUGAUGAUUGGCCUGGGCCUACAAAAGCAUGCCACUUGGUACAUCAAUAGAUGCCGGAAGAGAAAACUCCAUCUUCACAAUGAUUAAAGUUGCAAGAAGGAUACAGAAUUGCCUCUUAGAGCAUCAGGUAUCUGACUACUGAAAAUUUCCCGUAUUUUUCCUGUGGAUGAAAUAUCAAUUGAGAACAGUGGCCAGAAGCUUGCUCCUGCAGUUGUUGGACAAGGGAAAAAAGUGCGAAAGAGAAGAAGAAAGUAAAACAGAAAGGAAAUUCUUCAGCACAUGAGUUUCACAGGAGGUAUUCCCUUCAAUUUUGUGACAAAGAGGGAUCAUUAGGUUACUACAUUGCGGUAUAUCUAUGAUGUACAGGAUUCUUCCAAAUCUUUUACAGUAUAAUAUUGUUCGAGACAGAUUUGAUUUAUGAAAAAGAAAUCUGCCAAACGGUAUUCGUGCACC